AUGAUUUUCAAGCUUUUGCUUUUAUUCUGCCUUAUUGGUUUGACGUUUAGUCACGCAAUGGCCGGAAUGACUUGGCCGAACUCGACGAUUCUUUAUAGAUUUCGUGCGGAUUUUCCGGAUCGCCGACGAAAACUUGUUCUUCACGCAAUAUCACACGUCUCAUCAAUAAGUUGUAUUAAAUUCCAAGAGUCAAGCAGUAACUUGUCAGUCGAAGUGAAGAAUGAAUUCAAAAAUGAAUGUGCAACAAAAUGCGGAUGGCAUCCAAGAUCUACGGGACGAUUUAUGAAUCUUGGUGAUCAUUGUGAUUCUUUCAUACUUCACGAGCUUUUGCAUACAACUGGUUUGGCUCACGAACAUUCUCGAUAUGAUCGGGAUAAAUACUUAUUUGUUAGUGAUUAUGGAAUAGAUGUUAGUUUAUUAUUGAUUAAAGGGGGGGUAAGACGACAAAAUUUUAUUUGCUCAAUGAAUCGGGCUCCCUUUGAAUAGUAAAAGCCCCAGGGGAUUUUUUCUCGAAAGGCCUAAAAAGGUCCGAAAAAAAUAUUCCAUGAACUUUUUUCAACGUAUAGCUAUACGUUGUCCGAAAGUUUAUGGAAUAAUUUCAACGUAUACCUAUACGUGGUACCUAGUUUAUGGAACAUUUUUUCUGAGCGUUUCCAGAAAAAAUCCCUUGGAGGUUUUACUAAUUUUGGGGAGCCUUUAACUUUGCGACAAAAAAAUUUUGUCGUCUUACCCCCCCUUUAAAAUGGUAUCAAAGAGUUUUGUCUCAGAAUCAAACAUGCAAACUGAACAGAACAAAUUCGAUCAAUUUCGCUCCGUUUGAUUUCGGAAGUGUAAUGCUUUAUCGUCCGAUACCAGCCGAAUUUUUCAGACCGAGAAAAGAUUAUUACGAUUACUUCUAUACAAUGGGAUCGCGUUAUCUGUCAUUUUAUAACACAGUCACAUUGAAUAAAUAUUAUGGAUGUAACUGUAAGUUAAUUUUCACCAAAAUCUAUUCUGAAAUUCGAUUUUCCCGGUCCAAGAAACUUAACAUGUCAAAACGAUGGAUACACAAAUCCAAGUAGUUGUGACAAAUGCAUAUGUCCAGAUGGUUUCGAAGGAAAACUAUGUGAAACAUUGGUCAGCAAACCAAUUCAAUCGACAAUGAAUUGGACCGAGAUCGCGGUUCCGUUCGGAACAACAGUUGUGUUAAAACCAGUUAAAGGGAAAACUCUGGAAAUUAACAUAUCACCAGAGAGUGUGGACAAAUUGGUUCAGAAAGAAUUGGGCUGUUCAUAUUCGAAUGUUGAGAUCAAAUAUUUGGAAGAUCGACGGGCAGUAAACCCUCUGUGAGUAAAUAUGGGGUUCGGAUUGCAGCAGUUCACACAGAAACCAUUUCAGAUACUGCGGAAAUCCUGAAUUGCACCAUCUCCUACAAAGAUCAACAAAAAACGAUCCAACAAUAAUUCUCCUACGGAAUCACAUGCCCACAAAAAUCCUUGGCAAUGUUUCAAUUCGUUUCAGAUCCCAAUGA